CCCACCUCCUCGCAUCACUGUUCACUACUCUCAAGCAAGCACAAGCAACAGCAUCUCAUCUCGCCCUUGUUCAUCCCACUCUCCCCCCUCCAACCCCAUCCGAGGUUACAUCAACCCCGCACCCCCCACCAUCAAGCGUCUAACCUCCCAUCGCUCUUUGGCCUCUCCGGCGUGCACCGACCUCGACUUCUAUCGGCUUCUUCCAACACCCGGAAGUCUUUGCAUCGUUAUCGCUCAAACUUUGUACUCUUAGCAACACAUAGCUGCAUAGCCAGCAUCCCUAGGCUUUGUCAUGCUCAAAGGUGUAAAGCAGCUCUGGCCAUCGUCCGCCGCACCCUCCACGGGCCAGCCAACCAAGGAGAACGCUUCCCCGGCAAUCUCUCCGUCUGGCUCGUACUUUGCCGGAGGCCCCAUCGACCAGGCCACGCCGCGUGCGAGCAAUCAGCCCAAUCCAUUUGACGCUCCGCCCCAGGACCCGGGCCUGUCCUCUGGAUCUCCCGCACCAACCUUGUCCAAGGCGACGUCUGCGCUCUCCUUGUACGGUCCCGGGUCGCCUGCUGGUGGCCCCAACGGCAUUCGCACACCCACAUCGCACGGGUUUGGACCGAUUGGCACUCCUGGAGCCGCGCCAGCCACAACCGCAGUGACCGUCGGCGACACGCUCGACGGUGUCAGCGGCAUGGGCUUCGGCCUCCACGAGCCUCCAAAGCUCCUCAAGACGAAUCCUGGUGGAACUCGCACCCCGCAGGCUGAUGGCUCGUCGACUCCCGUCAACGAGACGGCCGAUGGCCAGAGUGGCUCGUCGGGCUCCAUUCGCGGUACCCUCAACGUCAAGCUCAUCCAGGCUCGUGGCCUCAACGUUCAGCCCAACACGGACGCGCAGCCCUAUGUCGUCAUGCAGUUUGAGCAAAACGAGUUUGUGUCGCGCACACCGCAUGCGGUGUCCACGCCAGCGGCUGUCCCCUUCACACAGUCGCAGCCACAGCCACUUGGCCGCACUGCGUCAGGCGGCCUCGGCUCCAUUACACGGGCAUUUGCCGAUGCCAUGGGGCGCAAGCGACCCGAGCCCAGCGGCGCGCAGACACCCAAGGCCGAAGACCCCCACCAGCAGCAGCAGCAGCAGUCGUCUUGGCUCGGCAGGCCUGGACCUGGUGAUCCGAUUUGGAAGGAAGAAGUCACCUUUGACCUGACGCAGACGUCGUCGGUUCUUCUCUUAUCGGUGUAUGACCGCAACAAGGCCGGCGAAGGUUUCCUGGGCAUGCUGCAAAUCAAGCCCGUUCUCAAGGACGGCUACACUCUUGACCAGUGGUACAAGCUCGGUGUGCGUGGCAACGAGGCCGUGUCUGGUGAAGUUUGGAUCCAGAUCACGUUCACUGCCAUCCGGAACAAGAUCCACUUAAAGCCGUCCGACUUUGAGUUCCUCAAGCUCAUCGGCCGUGGCACUUUCGGCCGUGUCUUCCAGGUCCGCAAGAAGGACACGAAGCGUAUCUACGCCAUGAAGGUUCUCUCCAAGAAGGAAAUCGUCGCCAAGAAGGAGGUCGCCCACACCAUUGGCGAGCGCAAGAUUCUCCAGCGCUCGCUCGAGUGCCCCUUCCUCGUCGGCCUCAAGUUCUCCUUCCAGACCGAGAAGGAGCUCUACUUUGUCACCGACUACAAGUGUGGUGGAGAGCUCUUCUGGCAUCUCCAGAAGGAGGGCCGCUUCUCCGAGGACCGUGCGCGGUUCUACAUUGCUGAGCUCGUGCUGGCCCUCGAGCACCUCCACAAGUACAACAUUGUGUACCGUGACCUCAAGCCCGAGAACAUCCUUCUCGACGCCACAGGCCACAUUGCGCUUUGCGACUUUGGUCUGUCCAAGCCGGACCUGACCAACGACCAGCUUACCAACACGUUCUGUGGCACGACCGAGUACCUCGCCCCCGAGGUUCUUCUCGACGAGAAAGGCUACGGCAAGCACGUCGACUUUUGGUCGCUCGGUGUGCUCCUGUUCGAGAUGUGCUGCGGCUGGAGUCCAUUCUACGCCGAGCAGACCCAGGAGAUGUACCGUCUCAUCUGCUACGGCAAGAUCCGAUUCCCCAAGCACGUCAUCGGCGACGAUGGCAAGCAGUUUGUCAAGGGCCUUCUCAACAGGAACCCCCAGAACCGCCUCGGUGCCAAGCGCGGUGCUGCCGAGCUCAAGGAGCACCCCUUCUUCAAGUCGAUCGACUGGGACCUGUUGUACAAGAAGCAGAUCACGCCCCCAUUCAAGCCCAUUGUCGACUCUGACGAGAGUGUGGCAAACUUUGACCCCGAGUUCACGAACUCGUCUCUUGCCGACGCCGGCAUCGACAUCAAUGACGCCGACUACAACCCGCAAGCGAGGCAUCAGUUCGUUGGCCCCGGUGGCAGUCUCUCCAAGCCCUCGUACAUGGGCCAGGCAGCUGGCAUGGCCAUCAAGCCCCAAAGAUCUCCAAACCAGCCCAUCAACGGCUCUCCUCUCACGAGCUCUGUUCAGGAGAACUUUAGAGGGUUUACAUACACCGGCGAGUCUCUCAUGCCAAUGUCGCUCUUGGGCGAGCACCUCAUGGAGGACGUCGAAGAGGACAAUGAGAACGCGGUCGAUGACGAUGACGACGAGUACUCUGAUGAGGACGACAUGGAGGGGCAGCGUACCCGUCGACAGAGCGAUGUCGACAUGGAAUAG